AAAGAAAUAAAUAAUCGCGCCCUCACAAAUGAGAAGCAAUACAGCCUCUGUCUUAUAGGGUAGAGAUUUAUUUUUGUUUACAUCAAAGUUUGUUUUGUUGGUCUGCUAAUAGGAGGAUUGUAUUGAAUUAUUUAAAGUUAUAAUAACCUGUAUAGUUCAAAAUGGAAGAGUUUGAGACAAGAGCAUGGGAUGAUGCUCCGGAAUCGGAGCUUAUGGAAGAAGAUGAAGUUCUUAGUCCAUCAGAUGUGCAGUCAAACUGUCUGCGGCAGUUCUCCAGCACUGAUUUCAUCAUGGAGCCUGGAAUAUUUUCAACUCUCAAAAGGUAUUUCCAAGCUGGUGGUAACCCAGAACAAGUCAUUGAGAUGUUAUCUGAGAAUUAUCAGGCUGUGGCUCAGAUGGCAAAUCUUAUGGCAGAAUGGCUAAUAUUGGCAGGGGCAAGCAUCAAUGAUGUACAAGCAAUGGUUGAGAAUCAUCUGAAGCAAAUGAUACUGAAGACAUUUGACCCUAAGAAAGCUGACACAAUCUUCACAGAGGAGGGAGAUGCCCCAGCAUGGUUGACAGAACUGAUAGAGCAUAGUACUUGGAGAUCAGUUGUGUACAAAUUGGCAGAAGAGUUUCCAGAAUGCCUCAUGCUGAAUUUCACCAUUAAGCUGAUUUCUGAUGCUGGUUUCCAAGGGGAGAUUACAAGUAUAUCAACAGCUGCCCAGCAGAUAGAGGUCUUUUCACGCAUAUUAAAGACGUCAACUUCAACUUUCCUUCAGUCGCCAGAAGAUACACGACAUAAAGCAGUUGUGGAAUUUGCUAAAAUGGCAUGUCAUGGUCAGCACACUUACAUAUAUGCACAAGUCAUGCUUCAAAUUUUAUCUCAAGAGGCCAAAGGUGGACACAAUAUCCGACGGUUACAGCAGGAAAUUACAAAAUAUGCUAUAUCAAAUGGCCAUAAUGUAACACCAAUUCAAUUAGCACUGAAUGGGGCUAUGGCAUACCCACGUGCCGCACAGGCCUUAGCACCCAUGUUGUCCCGAAAUGCUCUGAAUCCAGCAGAUAUUACUGUUCUCUUUAAGCUCUAUAGUUCACAAGACCCUCCAGCAGUUGAACUGAUUCGUAUACCUCAGUUAUUAGAACUUUUGAUUGAUGCUUUAUUCAAGCCUGGAAGCAAAGUAAAUCAGGAACAUAAGGGGAAAUAUAUAUAUCUGCUGGGUUAUAGUGCAAGUGUAUAUGAAACUCCCAAGAAAGGCAAUCGUCCAAGACAGGUAAACAGAGAUGACUUGAAAGCCACACAGCAAGCUAUAGAAAAGGUUCAUAAUAUAUGCCAGGGUGGCAAGUCUGCUAUGGAAUUGAUAGCUGAAAUAAAUACUUUAUAUCAGUGCAUUCGAUUCCCUGUUGUUAGUGUAGGGCUUGUUCGAUGGAUUGAGUGUGUGGUUAAGGAGCCCAGUUACUUCAAGUUGUGUACUGAGUCAACUCCCACACAUUUAGCUCUUUUGGAUGAAGUGGUGUCCAUACAUCCUCUCCUUCACAGUCGUGUACUAAAUCUCUUAGUGGAACUGUUUGAGUCGGAGUUUCAGGAUCUAGAAAUUCUAGAACAGCUUGAGCUGCGGAAAAUGUUAUUAGAUAGAAUGGUCAACCUCUUGAGUCGUGGUUGUGUGUUGCCAGUGAUGAAAUACAUCAAGAAUUGCUGCACUAAGGGUGAUACUGAUAUCUCAUUGAUUCGAUAUUUUGUCAGAGAGGUAUUGGAAAUUGUUGCUCCACCAUAUACAGUAGAGUUUGUUCAGCUUUUCUUACCAUUGGUAGAAAAUGAAGAUAUUACUGGAUCCAUGAGAAUGAAUACAGAUAGUGACCUAGUUACAGAAUUUAUAGCUCACUGUAAGUCUAACUACUAUGUGGUUUGAAGAUAGGAGCCACUGACUGUGUACCAUAUAUACAAAAUGUAUGUUUUUUAUUACAGUGAUAUUUACAUAAUUCUCCAACUUUAACCAAGUCAACAAAAAAGACAAUAUUUUUGACCAGGAUGUCAGAAGUGCAUAAAAAGACAAGUACUAUACAGGUAUUAGUUAAAAUGUAAUCCAAUUCAUCUUUUGUAAUGUGAAACUAUAACAUUGUUUUACAUGAUAAAUGUUAAUAAAGAUCAUCUUUAUUUUUAGAACUGUACCGGGAUUUAUACCUGUUGCGUAUGUUUGCUUACGUUGGAGUGGUUGCUGAGUAAUCUCAGCUGUGUGGUAUGUUAAUGAUUUUCUUUAUGUCUUUAAGCAGUUCUUAUCAAUCACCUCUGAGAAUCUAGAGGCAUCUUAUAGAGCCAUUUUUAGUUUCUGUUUCCUCUUGCAGUUGUAUUGAUCUGUGAGCACUGUUUGUCUUAAAGACAAGGAAAACUAGAUUUUUGCUGAUUUUUCAGCAGACAGUGUUUAAUUAUUGAAAGGUACGAGUCACUGAUUCAUAUUGAAUCUCAUCAAUCAUUAAUGAUGAAAUAAAGCUCAUAAUAAUUUAGCAAUGGUUUUGGAGUAUAGGUGCUGUAUUCUUGUUAAUUUUAAUUACAAGAGAUUUAUUUAAGUGUGAUAAGACCCUAGAUUUAAAAGGAAUAAAGGUUAACACAUUGUUUCAAGAAUAUGAGGCUUUCAAGAAAUUUAUGUUACUUUAAUAGUCAUACAGUUUAUCUUUGCAUGAGGAUAUUUCAAGUUAUCUUUGUUUGAGGAUAAUUCAAGUUAUCUUUGCUUGAGGAUAAUUUUAAGACAGUCCAUGAUUGAAUGCUGUGAUGAAUGAUAAUGGUUAAAAAAUUGAGAAAGUCAAGUAUGCUAAAUAAUCUAAUUUAAGAAACAAAAAAUACAGGAGGUUGGGUCGCUGUUCCCCAUACACAAAACAUGAUUUGAAAGUUGGAGGCUACUGAUUUUUUUUUUUGUAUCUGAGUUUAAAUAUGCCUUUGGUAACUUCUUUGAGUCUUGUCUCUUGGGGAAAAUUUCACUACCAAACACUGUCCCAGAGUCUUCCUGAAGUUUCAUCUUCUGUAGCUCAACUUUUUCAGCUAUCCCAAAUAAAGUUACUGUAACACCCAACAUUCCUUAAACAAACCAAUAAUCCUAAAAUUCUUUUCUUCUGCAUCACAUUUAUGUAUAUACAAAAUUCUGUGGCUCGGUAUUUUAUUCUCCAAUUUUUGGCAGUAACAGCAGGGCUUAGAGGCCUGUAAACACCUUUCCCACUGCCAUUUGGUGGUUUACCUGCCACACAGUAGCAAGAAUGAUUUUUUUCCUGCAUGCCAGAGGAGUGAAAGAUUGAUUUUCAUUGGCCUGAGGAGAAGAGCCAGUUGUGCUCCUCUGUAUUAGGUCACAUAUAUGUAGCCAAGACAUUAUUAUUCCUGGAACGAUAUUGUCUAGGAUGUACAGCUUACUACCACUGCUGUAACAGUCCUAAGUUUUAUGAACAGACCAGAUAUGUAUGGUCGCCUCUGUCCUUAACAGAAACUCAUUUCAGGACAUAACCUUUCCUAAAGCUUCGCAACCCUACACUAAACUACGGACGUUUUAGGGUUCUAACAUCCUGAUAAGUAAUACAAUCCUUGAAGUAAUGAAUACCCAUGACUGGGUAGUAUAGACUACAUGAUGCUCCAGAGCCAGUUUAUCAAUCGUGUGAAAAUCUGCAUUAACCCUUUCUUCCCUCUCUUCUAAUAUGGCAUUAUUUCACUAAGUUUUGGGGAGGGCCUUGUCAAUUGUUACAUUCGGUAAUGAAUGCAGUAAUACAGGUAGGGAUAUUAAAAUAUGGAAAAAGGACUAUGCACAAUGUGGUUGAACAUGCAUUUUGGUCUGCUGAUAUGAAUGGAGCAAAUAGCUGUUGUGUUGUUCUACAUUUUGGUAUAUCGAUAUUGAAAAUUUAAUUAGCGUCAUUCAGACCUGUAAAUGUGAAUAUUGUUAAUUAAUUGAUAGAUAUAUAUAACUUUGCAAAAUCUUUACACGGUUCAAAACAUGUAAGCUGCUCGAUAUCAGGCUAUCUUCUAGCAUUAGUUGAAACUGGGUAAGUAAAUAAUUAACAGUGCUUACUAGUAUGCACAAUUAUAUUAAUCUCAUUUUAUUAAGGGAAUGAAAUGUCCUCAACAAUGGAAGAGAAUAAGAUGGCGUAAACAGACAGUCUUUUCACAUUGAAUGGUUACAAAGGUACAAUUUAUUUGUAAUCACAGAUGAACUGGGAACAUACAAGUUCUCCUACAGUUGAUGUGUUUCUAAGGUAAUAUUCCUUUUAAUACAAAAAUUUAAUCUCCCCUCAUCCUGUAUUGCAUUGCUUCUUUCUCACUUUUUAUCAUUCCUGUUAGGACCUCUCACUUAGUUGUCUAGACUUUUAAGAAAUUUGUUUUAUCAAAAUUUCCACCUGUUAUUCCAAAAUAAUUCUUAUACGUGUUAAGAUUUCCUCAGUGGUCUGGUUAAAUGACCUCACAAUAAUAAUUUAGGCAUGAAGAAGCUAUAUAGGUAGCUUUUCCAUGUAGCCUUUUUUCUUUUUUUUUUUUUAAUCUUUGCUACAAGUUUUCUGUGUAGAUAUGUUGCUAAUGAAAUUAGUAACUUAUUUGUUGUAAGUCUUUAGAAUAGUUUUUGUAAAACAAACAUUUUCCAUCUUGUAUAGUACAGUAUUGAAAAUGUUCUAUGUGAAAUAUGUACUAUUGCUAUAUUGGUAAUGUAAUAAACAUUGCUGUAAAACUAUAUGUAUAUUUUGUGCAUGAUGUAUUUGAUAAAUUAUAUUAUAUG